AUGGUGUCUAAGGCUUACAGGAAGCCUCUCGAAAUCGAUGACUUGUUCGAGUUGGACGAUGAGCUGAAAUCGGAUACGCUCAUGGCGCAGUGGGAAGUAGAGUGGAAUAAGGCACUAAGAGCUUACGAGAAACGGAAACAGGCCCAAUCUGCGCCGUCGAGCGACAAAUUCUUCACAGAAAAGUCGCCUCUCUUGCUUGCAAAUGGCAAGGAUUAUGGUACACAAAAGAAUGCAAACUAUCUAGACGAUCGUGAGUCUUGA